AUGAUAAUUUAGCAGAACUCAUAACAGUAGCAGUAAUAAUCAUAGCCACUUGCUACUUAAGUUCAAAUAAGAUAAAAUCUUGCCCUUAAAUAAAUUGAUCAGAACGCCUAACCUCUGUUAUCUCAAGCUUAACCUCUCUCACCAACAAACACAGCUAUCUCUGCAGCAAAUAGAUAAAGUCUAAUGGAUCAGAAACUCAUAAAUAAUGGUGGUAGACAGCAAGAACUAAAGGGAGUACCAAAUAUUGUGGGUCUAACCUCCAUAGAUUAUUCUUUAGAUGACCAAUUGAAGAUUGAACUUGAAAAAAUUCAAACCCCUUUAGACUUUUCUGAAUCAUAUUUAAGUAAUAUAUAUGAUGAAAACUCUGUUGAAUUCCCGUUUAAAUAAGGAGCAGAACUUCAAAAGCCAAACGAGCAUUACUAGCUAUUUAAAAUCAAUUUUAGAUUGCCCCAUUUAAUGUCCCUAGAGCACUUUGAAAUUUAACUUCAGAAUUAAAAUGCUGAGCUAUUUAGCAAAUAUUUUAAGUUUCUGACUAUUGAGACUUCCUAUCAUGAGCCAGCCAAUAAUACAAAUAAAUAAAAAUUACAUCUCAAAAGUGCAUUUAUGGACCUUAAUAAACAUAUUCUUGAAUUGAAUACAGCAGGUGUCUCUCAAAAUGUGAGUCUAGUAUUUUUAUACAACCUCAAAAAUCGUCCUAAUAUGAGAAUGAUUAUGGAAAUGACUGAAAAGAAAAAAGAGAAAAUGUUCUCAAAGACAGUUAAUGUUUCUGAAAAGAUCAAGAAUGAAAUACUACCUUUAUUGAAUGGUUCAGAUGAAGAUAUUGAUGAAUUAGAUGAUGAAGUUGCCAUGAUAUCUAACAAAAGAGGUGUGAAUGAAAAAUCUUAAAAUAGAGUGAGCAAUGAUAGACUAAAGGAUGUUAUAUCAACCGAUGAUAUCAAAGUUGAAUUCAAGGGUUAAUAAAAAUCAAAUCAACCUAAAAAAAACAGUAAACUUUAAGAAUAUCAAAGAACUACUUAAAAUACAAAUAAAAACUUGUUAAUCUAAACUUCAAGCCAGAGCAACAAUGAUGAAGAUGAUGAAGAAACUAGAAAUUUUAAUACUUUGCCUCGAAAUUAUUCUGAUCCAUUAAAUAAAGUACCAAUCAGUGUCCCCAAUCCAAGCUCAUAUAAUAAUGACAUUGAAUUUGGAACACAAUAAAUGGAAUAGCAUUUACUCUAAUAAGAUUUGAAUAAUGAUUAAGAUUCUUAAAAUCUUCAAUAUAAAUCUUAAAGUGAGAUUUUCCAUUUUGCAGAACAAGAAAUCUUUAGCCAAGGCUCUGAGUUGCAAUAAGAGAUUCGCCAAAUUUUGCAAAAGACUGUACAGAGCAUCAAAGUUACUGGCUUCAACUGCAAUAAUAUUCCUGCUAUUACUAAUAUGACUCACUUUAUCAAUUAGUCAUUUCUUCUUAAGUAAAAGAAAUUAAUUGAUGAUGCUCUUGAAUAUGAAUUCAUGAGUGGCAUACUCAUGAUUAGUACUAAAAGAUUUACCUAAGCUUUAGAAGUUUUUAGGAAAAUUUAGUAUUAAUACAUUCUGAAGAUUGAAUCUCUUUAAAAAAACUAGAGUAACUCCACUGUGAAAUAAGCAAUAAAGAAACUAUUUGUAAAAUGUUCUAUUCUAGAGUUACUGAUUGCUGAAUCAAUGUGCCAGCCUAAUCAAGUAAAUGAUAAACUAUAGUCUCUUUAAAGAAUGGUUGAAUUAUAUCAAUGCAAGUUAGUCCCUAAAAUGACCUUUGCACCUUAAGUACUUUAGAGUGAAGAUCCAUUCUCAAUUAUGAUUAAAUUCUUACCAUAACUACUUAAAUUUACAGUAAUGUGCCUUACUCACAAAAAGGAGAUCGUCAAAAUGUCUGCUCUAAAGUUACUUGAGUAUAUACUAGAGACUCAAGGUUGUUCUCUAGAUUUAGCAAUGGUAUUUAUUCUGAAAGCUCUUAUGAAAACAUAUCCUACAAAUUGGCUUGAAUAAUAAUCAAAAGAAAAGGAUAAUCUAUUGCAUUAUGAAUCAUUUAGUGUUAAAGGUUUAACUUAAUCAGUUCAAGAAUUUUUCCAAUAUUAAGAAACAACUUCUGAAGCAAGAGAUUACUUUAAUAAGGAUGAACAUACUAAAUAUUCAUCAAUUAAAGAGCCUACCUCUGGAUUUUAAAAUGCACUGAAAAACGCUUAUAAUCAUGCCAUAGAAACCUAUAUCAGUGUAUUAAGUAGUAUUUCUUCACAUAUUCUUCAUCAGGUAUUCUAUGAAGUUAUCUUGCCUUAAGUAAUUGCUUCAACCCAGGAUAGAGGAGUCUAUGAUAUCAAAAUAUUUUCAAUAAAGAUUGCUGAGAAAAUAAUAACUAUAUGUUAGGGAGACUUAUUUUUGACUAAAGGAGUACUUGAAUAUUUCUUGCAAGCCGUUAUUCCUAAAAACCCAGCUGCUUCUUAAUCUUAGCCUGUUUCAGCUAAUACUAGUCAAAAUUAAAAUGAUACAAUCUAGACUUCAAUUAGAAACCUUUGGUCUAGUAUCAGGACUAAAGUAUUUACAAAUUACUCUUAAAAGGGCUUGAAGAUUUUGAUAGAAUGGCUUGUGGAUAAAAUGAGUUUAAUCGCUUAAAAUGCAUAGAAUAACGUUGGUCAGAAUUUACCAACAGAUGGAAGUUAAAAUCCAGACAUUUCAAAGAUCGAAAUAAAUGAUGAAGAAUGCCAGUAGCUACUUCAAUUAUUUGACAUAGUCUCAAUGAUCUCAAUUGGAAGGAAAAAUAAUGAAGCUGAAGCUAAUUCGUUGAUAAAGAUUAAGCAAGAAUACUGCUUAGAAUUAUAUGUGCUCAUUAAUCCACUGAUGUUUUGGCUUGAUUUCUCUGUUGAAAGAGAAGAUAGAUUCCCAUUAUUCAAAGCAAUAUAUUCUACUAUCAAAGAUGUUUUGGAUAAUCUACCACCGAAAAAGAAUGAUAUUGACUUGCUUUAAAUCAUGGAGCCUAUACUUUUAAGAACUAAAGAUUAUCUUAAAAAUAACUCACCUUCUUUGCAAAUGCUUAAGUUCUUAGACUUAGUUCUUAGAGAUAUUAAAUAACAAGGAUAUUGUCAAGGUAAUCCAGAGUUGCAGUAAUUCUUCCUGGAAAUGCUUGAUAACUUUGUUGGGUAUAUUUCUUAUUGCCUUCAUGAGGAAGUAUUUUCUGUAUUUGAUAAGUUAUUUGCUUUAAGCAGUGAAGUAGUAACCAAAGAUGUAACUAUAAAAUGCAUUUAAGCAUUAGUUGAUAAAUAUACAAUGAAGAACAGAGCUCAUAAGAAUAGUAUGACAAUAUUUAUGAAGAAUCUUUUAGAAGUAAGUGUAAAGGAACACCUAAAAAAUGAUCCCUCCAAUGAUACAGUUGGGGAUUCAGAUGAAGAUGUAGAUGACCAUAUCUCUAUAGAGUCCAAGAAUGGUUACUUUGAAACUCUUUGUGAAUUCUGUUUUUUCAACAACUAGGAUCCAUUUCCACUUGAAGGUGCUCCUAAAUUCAGAGAAGAUUUUAAGUCCCCAGUCGAUAUUCAUGAUCUCUACGUAGACAAGUUGUAAUUUUUCAUAGAUAUUUUCCAAUAACUAUCUGAGAUGCAUGUUAGUCUUUUUACUAAAUUUAUUGCCAACCCACUCUUCAAGUAAAAUUUACUAGGACUUCUUGAAAAAGGUGAAAUCUAAUUAAGAUUGAAAUGCCAUGAAAUUCUUGAAAUAAUCUGUAAUUAUUACAUCUAGCAUUGCCCAAGCAAAACGAUCUAUAAGCUUUAGAAUCCUGAUACCAGUAGAAAUUAAAAUGAAGUUAUUGAAGUCUAGUACAUUAACCACGAGAGACUUCAACUCUCUCAAAUAGUACUAAACUGUAUUUAGUUAAGUUUAGACAAGCAAAAUGACUCCUAUCUUUAGUUCAAUUCCCUAAUCCUACUUGAUUUUCUAUUUUAGCAAAUGCUUCCUGUUCCUACUUAUCAAAAUGAGAUUCAAAAAGAAAAAAUAAAUUAAAGUAAUAGAGACAGAAAGAGUGAGAAGACAAUUGACUUGUAGAAUGAUAUCAUAACAGAAACAACUCCUGAGUUUGAGGUUACUUCAAGCUAAUAUACUCUAUUGAGAUUGGAUUUAAUAUUUAAAUUAUGGCCACAUGUUUAAAUAGCACUAAUGUCUCCUUGGAGUAAUAUAAGAUCAAUUUGCUACGGGCUUAUCUGUUCAAUGCUUAAAGUAGAUGUGAGAUCAUUAUAAGCUGAGAAAACCUUAGCAAAUCCAUAAGUUGGGCAAUUAUACUCUCAAAAACUAAAAUAGCUUGUUAUUCCAAUGUUAUCUAGUUUGCUAUCAUCUAAAGAAUCAGAAUCAAAAGCAGGAGGAUUGAAUAUUCUCGGAUCAUUUUGUGGUCUCUCAUACGAUUUUUCCAAAGUCAAAAUAUCAUAAAAUAUGGAGUUCUUUAAGAAAAACUCAAAAUUUAUUUCCAAUUAGAUUUGGCAAUUAGUAUUCGAGCUUUAAGAUGACUGGGAUAUCACAAUUAAAGAAGCAUCAGUAGUUCUGAUUCAGCUAUGCGCACCAAGAAAUGCAGUGAGAUAUUUUGAUUCUAAAAAGAAAGAAAUUUAAGAAAAGAGAUUCAAACAGAUCCUCUCUGGCUAUGGCUUAGGAGAUAAUGGAUUGAGUGGGCAAGAUAGCAGCAGAAUGUCAUCUGCCAGAGACCCUAAUAUUUUCAUUCAACAUUCAGUUGCUUCUUAAGAGGAUACAAUCUUAUUAGCAGAAAAGAUGAGCAGUAAAUUGAAUACAUUAGGAAGUGGAAACGGGAACAAAAAUAUACUCAAUUAUCUUAACAAUAAUUAAGAUGACAUGAGUAUGAUCUUCUAGCUGGAACAAUAAAAUAAUGGAUAAUAGUUUGCUGGAAGUUAAAUAUUUGAUAGAAUUGGAGAUACUAUCAACUCGGGUCUUUUUACUCAGAAUGUUAUGAACUAGAUUAUGGAGUUGAACGAUCAACAAAAAGAGCUUGAUUUAGAUGAAGAUAUUAGAAGGUUUGAAACAAGAGGUUAGAUAAUUGAAAAUGAAGAGGAAAAAUUUGAAUUCUUUGUGGAUAAAUAUCAAGAUGAUCAAAUCCAAGAAAUAAUAUCGAUAUUUAGAAAUGACUUUAAGCCACCAAAGAGUUUAUGGAUCGAGAAGAAUCAACAAGGAAGCAGUUAUAACUCUCCUGAUUACUAUGCUGAAAUAUAUUCCUAGGCAAUUGACCAGUUUAACUAAUAGUAAAUGCAGCUACAACAGCAGUAGUAGUAAUAGCAAUAGCAAAUGGUGAAUAAUAGUCCUAAGAACAGCAAUAAGCCAAAUAUCUAAGGAAGUCUUGUUGAUGCCUUAGAGGAUGAUCUUGUUAAGAAAUUUGAAAAUGAGAAGAAGGAAAAAGAGAAGCUACAAAACAAAGACUAAUAAAAAGAAGGCGGAUAAAAGCAAGGCUAAGAGAAUUACAAAAUUUUUGAAAGACAUUAUGAGGAUGGCAAGGAAGAGUAAAAAUAAGAAGUCCAGCAAGUGAUUGAGCCUAUAUAAAUACAAAUUCCAUAACUUUUAGAUGGAAGCAUCGAUGCAGAACCAUAUUAGUUCCUAGACAACAGCCCACCAAAUGAAUCAUCUGAGAAAGCCCAGCAACCAAAAAAAUAAAAGAAGUCAAAGGAGGAAAAAAAGAAGAAUCAAAACUAAAACCAGACUUUACCCUAAGCUCAGCCUCAACCCCAAUUAUAACUUCAAAUCUUAGAUGUGGCUGAUCAAAAGUAAUUCUCUAACAAUCAAAUGAAGAUUACAGAAAAUCCAGGAAUAACCUUCAACGAGGAUACUUUUAAAUCAAGAAAGAAGUCAGGGCCUAAAGAUAAAAAGACAACUGAUGAAUUGAUAGAGGAAUAUGAGAGGAAGAUAUCCAAAACUAAAUAGCUCUUAGAAGAAGAAAAGAAGAAGUCUAAAGCAGUAAAUCAUAAUAUCUAUGAAACAGGAGAUAAAUAAAUUUAGCUAGAACAAACAGUAAAAUCAACUCCUGAUUUCAAAAGCAAGAAGGAAACCGCAGCUCCCCACAAUUAGGCAAAGCCCUAUUAAUAUUAUGACGAACCUCAAAAUAAUCUAACAAAAAGUAACGAGAAGAAGAAAGGUUCUCAGUAGUAUGUGACUGAAGUUCCAAAAAGUUACCAAUCAAAUUUAGACAAUGCCAAACUUAUGAAGCAAAUUAAUAACUGCUUUAAUGAUAACUCCUUUAAUAACAUCAACAUAGGUCCAGUUGUAAUGACUGCUACCAUUGGAAAUACAAUUGGCUCAACAAAGCACAAAUAAAAACUAAACAAAUCUUUUGAAAACAUUCUUGCUGCCAAUAAGUACAACCUUAAAUAGAAUGAUCAAGUGAAGUCAUCAAAGUAAAAGAACUUAAGCACUUCACCAAGAAGAGGUUCAUCAAGUGGAAAGAAGAACAACUAUAAAGGAAGUGGUAAUAGUAAAAAGAAGUAUCUAGACUCGUCUUACUAAGGACAUAAUACAAGUAAAAAUCAAACAAAGGCUCUCUAUAAUAUGAGAGAUUUGAAUUACUUUAUUAAGACAAUUGAAAAAGACCUAAGUGAUAAAUUUGGGAAGAUGAAUAGCAAGGACUUUAGCAGUAUGCCAACAACUCCCACUUCUAUUUUGAAAAAAGUUGAAGAUUAAAUGAAAGCAUUGGCUACUUAGAAUCUUCUAAAUCCAAAGAAUGACAUUAAAUCAUAAAUGUCAAACACAUGCCCCAAUAUUGCUCAAGUAUUGAGCCAAUUAGACACAUAAGGGUACAAGAAUUUUUCAAAUUAGAAUUAUUUGAGUCAUCCCAAAGAUGCCUCCAAAUAAAAUGUUCUUUAAAUAUCGAAUAUCAAAAUGAAUCAGGGCACUGAUAAUUUAAAGAUUGGAGCAGGAGCAGUAAGCGAGGUUUUGAACUCAAGUAAUCAUACUCCUUCUAAUAUUUCUAAUAAUGGUGGAAAUUUGAUCAUGGCACAAUCUUAGAAUUCUUUAUCAGGUUACAGUCUUGGAAAUUAACAUGAAAAGUUUUCUUUCAGUAAAACUCAAAAGUUAGACUUAAAAGAAGCAACUAAAAAUCUGUUCUCGUAUCAAAUUCCUAAUAGAGAAGGCCAUACAGCUAGAGAUAACUCUAAUGAAAACAGGAAAUAUAAGGUCUAGUAGUUUGCAGAAGAAGCGUAAGCUCGCAAUAAUUCUAAGAUUCCAAAAUCUAGUCAAUCAAAGAGAUCAAGAGGAUCAUAGGAAAAGUACCUAACUAAUAACAACUAAGUCUUGAUUAAUAAUCCAAGCGGGUCUUCCAGUUUCACUAAACUUAAUAAAAGCUUAAAUAAUAUCAGUCAGGUAGCAGCUCAAGUGCAAAACUAAAAUAAGAAGAAGGAGCAGCUUAGUAAGUCAAUGAUUAGUAAUUUUGUAAAGGCAAAUAAUAUGAGCCCCAAUAACAAAAAGCUCGUUCAAUAGAUGAUUAAAUCCUAACUCUCAGGAGCUCCUAGUUCAGCAACUACCCAGUUAAAUCAAACUUCUAACAACGGUCAGAAUAUGAAUAAUCAAUACAGUUACUCAAGCAAUCUGCUUUAUGAUUACAUCUAAAACUCUGAUCAAGUCUCUAAAAAGCUUUCUCAGAAUGUCAAAACUCCAGUUAAGAACUAAAAUUAUCAGAAAGUAACUGGAAAGAUUGGAAAUUACUCUGAAAUACUAGAUAUUUCUCCCUCUAGCGGGGAAAAGGAACUUCGAUACUUCUCUAAAAACUUGUUGUGA